AGCGACUCAAAUGCUACAAUUCUGUGGUAAUGUAUAUUAUUUGCUUUCAGAAAUGAAAUUACAGGAUAUCACCAGCAAGAUCGGCCAGCAGUGGAGAAACAUGAGCCCAGAACAGAAACAGCCGUUUAUGGAAGCCUAUGUGCGGGACAUGUCGCUGUUUAAGGUAAAGCAUGAGCGCUACUGGGCCGAGAUAACCCCAGAGAGGCGCCAGAAACUAACCCUGGAGAAAAGGGAGAAAAUGGCCAAGCGUUUAGCCCGACGCCAAAAGAAGGAGGCAGGCAAACUGGGGAAGCCCAAACGUACUCGCUCUGCAAACAACAUUUACAUGGCAGAACACUUUGAGGAUUGCAGAGGAACCACCACAGCGGUAACCAACACAACAUUUAAUGGUUCACAUUGUUUGACAUAAUGAAGUAUGACACAC